CGAUAAAAUAGCAGUAAAAGCAACAAGGAUACAAAAAUUCUGUUGUGCAGGGCAGGGGUGCUUACACUGGAGUUUGUUCAGCCCAACAUGUGCCCAGCUACAAGAAUAACAUUGACAAGCUUAAGGCCAAGGGAGUUGACUCAGUGAUCUGUGUAUCUAUCAAUGAUCCAUAUGUAAUGAAUGGGUGGGCGGAGAAGCUUCAAGCAAAAGAUGCUAUUGAGUUCUAUGGCGAUUUUGAUGGGAAUUUCCACAAGAGCUUGGACUUAACCAUCGACCUAUCUGGUGCUUUGCUUGGAACACGCUCCCACAGGUGGUCAGCAUACGUCGUUGAUGGACAUGUCAAGGUUCUCAACGUUGAAAAAGUUCCAUCUGAGUUCAAAGUUUCUGGUGGGGAUGUCAUCCUGGGACAGAUCUAAACCCGCCGUCAGUUUCUUUUGCAGUAGUCAGCUUUGUUGAGGCAGAAGUUGGUUGUUAUGAUCUCCUAAAAGGGGUACGAAUAAUCACUGCAACAAAACAUUAGAGUACCAUUUAGGAUGAUUUCCAUGUCCUCAAAUUCCCAAAGCUUUGUUUGUAUUGCUGUUGACGGAUGAACUCCGGAGCGAGAUCUGCUCCCGAUUAAUUAUGCAUUUUAGGUUGAAACCUUGCCUGUUAUUAUGGCUAGUGAAUAUUUAUUUCUGUUGAAGUUAAUUAGUUUAGCUGAUGCUAGUUACUUCAAGGCAUGCUGGGAACCAGAAAAGAGUUUUCUAUUGUGGUCAUAAAGUAUUUCAUAAAAGGAAAGGUGGCUACUUCCCCACUCACUCCUGCUCCUCUGCUUAACCCUUUCAAGUAUGAACCAAUUGUCCCUGGGUUUGAAACCCCACCAUCCCCGGAGUCAAGCUACGACAAUAUCUUCUACAUCACGGAAGAAGAGGAAAAACGGGGACCUCAGUGGCUCCCUCCACAUCUGAAGAUGUGUGUGUUAAACAAAAUGAGCACAAGAGGUGGAGAUGCCUCAUCCUCGUCGCCGCCACCCAACCAUGUGGUUCAAAACCAUGUGUACACGGUUGCUCAAAACAGAGGCCGAUCACUUCAUGUGGAAGCCAUUGUCGUGUCAACAACGGAACGGCUUGGCUCCGAAUAUGUUACCACUGUGCUUUACAAACCCACCCCGCAGAGGCCAUUGUUUGAAACCCCACCAUCCCCGGAGUCAAGCUACGACAAUAUCUUCUACAUCACGGAAGAAGAGGAAAAACGGGGACCUCAGUGGCUCCCUCCACAUCUGAAGACGUGUGUGUUAAACAAAAUGAGCACAAGAGGUGGAGAUGCCUCAUCCUCGUCGCCGCCACCCAACCAUGUGGUUCAAAACCAUGUGUACACGGUUGCUCAAAACAGAGGCCGAUCACUUCAUGUGGAAGCCAUUGUCGUGUCAACAACGGAACGGCUUGGCUCCGAAUAUGUUACCACUGUGCUUUACAAACCCACCCCGCAGAGCGGCGCGAAGACGGGUGGCACGGCUCGCUUCCACUGCGCCAAUCUGCCUUGCGAUCCUGAGACAGAGAGAGGCGAGAGUCGGAACCUACCAGGAGACAGAGAGAGUCGGUGGAGCUACCGGACCGAGAGGGCAACUCCGGCGAGGGUCAAGAUUCAAUUUAGGAUCCAUCUGCAAUCCCUUUUCCUGAUUCCCCAUCUCCGGUUCAGCGAUUCUCCAGGUUCGGUUUGGAAUUUCUUUGGGUUAUCCUUCUCAUUUCCUAUGUUUUACCCUAAAACACAAAGCCUUUACUUCAAGAACUUCAUGAGGACGUUUUCUAACAGCGCCAUUGUAGAAUAUUACGGAGUAUAUGAUUUAGUCAUUUAGCCUUGACAUGUUCUUCAAAAAUUCCAUUCAUUUUCUUAAAUUUAUCAGGUUGCCUUAGAAAAUUUAAUUUUUUUAAAUUUAUCAUUUUAAGGGGCCCAAACUUUUUUAAAUCUUAUAUAUAAGAAGCCCAAUAACCCAAACUCCAAAAUAAAAGUAUAAAACAGCUCCCUUCGUUCCCGGCCCCAGACUCCCCUCUUCUUUCGGCCUUGGACAAUUUCCGGAAAUUAGAGAGACAGAGAAGCGAGCAGUCGGCCACUUGAAAGUGUUUGAUGAUUUCCUGAGGUGAACUUAGGUUAAUAAAGGUACAAUAUAUUU